UCUCCCAUCCUCUGAAUUUUUCCACAGCAUGAACAUCGUAUAUAGUAUACGCAAGCGUAAGAACCAUAGAGUUUAACUCGUAAAACCGGCUACUUAUAUCCGCAGAUUGGACGCAUAUAUAAUUCAAAUAAAGGUAAAACAUAAUGUGUGUAGGUUUUUUUGACACCCCAACAAUAAAUAACACAGCAUUUCGAUAUUUACACUUUCCUCAGUUUGUUUAGUUUGCUAUAAAACAGAAUCUAAAUUUUUAAAAUAUUUAUUUUACAGACCUCUUCAAACAUUUGAUGACGAUCCCUCUAAAAGUAAAUUUAAUAAAUAAAAGAAUUUUUAAAUCAUUGUCCUAAAUGUAUAAUGGAUAUAUAGAAACUAAUGUGAUUAAACAGUAAAAUUUUCAUUUUAGUUUAAACUAAACUAAGUAAUUAAAAUAAGAUAAAUUAAUUUAAUUAACAAAUAAUAAUAUUUUCUAUAUUUUACUGACCAUUUGGUGUUUGGAGGAGGAGGUAAUGGAAACACCUCGCGCACAGAAAACCCUUCUACUUGAUACCAUUCUCUCGGUUGAUUUUGAUCAUGACUUGGUGAACCACCUUCAACAUGAGGAGGAUUUUGCUGGGGAGGUUGUGGUGUUUCCUGUGGUGGACGGGGUAAACGACGCCCACGUCUAAGAUUUUCUUGCGCCUGUUGCGGCAAAGGUAAACGCUGACCUUCAGCUUGAGCUAAAAUAAUUAAAUUAAAAUUUGUUAGCUUUUCUUUGCAACAAAUAAAUGAUAUAUUGUUAAAAAUGUCUUAUAAUCUCUAUGUAAAGUUACUUGACCUUGUUGUUGAUGUCGAUGUUGGAUCUGAUGUUGGGGUGAAUGUGAAUCUAUUAAUAGUUUUAUUAGUUUUUUUCAAUAUUUUAUACUAUACUAGGUCAAUGUUAUCAAUUAAAACUUUUACCCAGCAAAACCAUUAUUCUGGUAUAUCUACAUUUAUUAGGAACUGUGCCCUAGGAGCUGAUACUAUUUAAGCAUUAUUCAAAUUAUUAAAAACCGGGUCUGGGCCAGGGUGUAAAAACGCAUUUCCGGGAGUUAUCCUUGAAGGGAGGAUUUUAGGCUUAUCUGAAAGCCCUUGAAAUUUGCUACAAGAUAGCAAAAAUCUUAUUUUUCAGAAAAAAUCCAAUUAAGAGACAUUUACCAAUAUUCUUCCAUACCGAUCUUAUAGGGCAUUUUAUGGGGCAAUUAGUCUUUUUUUCGAGACUGGGAGGCGGAGUGGGUAAACGAUGCCGACGACUAGGAUGUUGUGCCAAGGUACAGGAUCUAGGUGCCAAGGUACAGGAUGAGCUUCAGCUAAAAUAUUUAAAAUAACAAAUUUUAUAUUGGCCUUGCAAAAAAUGUCAGUUUGUUAAAAAUGUCUAUUAUAAUCUGCUAUGUAAAGUUACUUCUCUCUUGAUUUUAAUCACGAUUACCUUCUUCGACAUGAUGAGUAGUUUGCUGUGGAGGUUGUGGCGUUUCCUGUGACGGAGGGGGUAAAGCAAAGAUCAUGGUACUAGGAUUUUGUUGCGCCUGUGGCGACAAACGUCCACGAUGACGUCCAUGAUGAGCUUCAGCUUCAUCUAAAAUAU